GCCCCGGAGCGACCCUUGUGCACUGCCCCUGGGACUGCCCCGGACAUGAAGCGCUACCUGUGGGACCGCUACCGCGAGGCGAAGAGGAGCACGGAUGAACUGGUGCCUUCAAUCAUGAGCAACUUGUUGAAUCCAGAUGCUAUUUUCUCAAACAAUGAAAUGAGCCUGUCGGAUAUUGAAAUCUACGGCUUUGAUUAUGACUACACCUUGGUGUUUUACUCCAAGCACCUCCACACCCUGAUAUUUAAUGCUGCCCGCGACCUUCUCAUCAAUGAACACAGGUACCCCGUGGAAAUCAGGAAGUAUGAGUAUGACCCCAACUUCGCCAUCCGUGGACUUCAUUACGAUGUGCAGCGGCUGGGAACUGUCUAUAGAGGCCUCUCCGUGGUCCCCGAUGAAGAAGUCAUCGACAUGUACGAGGGGUCCCACGUGCCUCUGGAGCAGAUGAGCGACUUCUACGGAAAGAGUUCUCACGGCAACACCAUGAAGCAGUUCAUGGACAUCUUCUCGCUGCCCGAGAUGACGCUCCUGUCCUGCGUGAACGAGCACUUCCUGAAGAACAACAUCGACUACGAGCCGGUGCACCUGUACAAAGACGUCAAGGAUUCAAUUCGAGACGUCCACAUCAAAGGAAUAAUGUACCGAGCCAUCGAAGCAGACAUCGAAAAGUACAUCUGCUAUGCCGAGCAGACCCGGGCGGUGCUGGCCAAGCUGGCUGAUCAUGGCAAGAAGAUGUUUCUUAUCACCAAUAGCCCCAGUAGCUUUGUGGACAAAGGGAUGAGGUAUAUCGUUGGAAAAGACUGGAGGGACCUGUUUGACGUAGUCAUUGUUCAGGCUGAGAAACCCAGCUUCUUUAAUGAUAAACGGAGACCUUUCCGAAAGGUGAAUGAGAAAGGUGUCUUACUCUGGGAUAAAAUCCACAAGUUGCAGAAAGGCCAGAUUUACAAGCAGGGCAAUUUAUAUGAAUUUUUGAAGCUUACUGGAUGGAGAGGAUCUAAAGUGUUGUAUUUUGGUGACCACAUAUACAGUGACCUGGCGGAUUUGACCCUGAAGCAUGGUUGGAGAACUGGUGCCAUUAUUCCAGAAUUAAGAUCUGAGCUCAAAAUCAUGAACACUGAGCAGUACAUCCAGACCAUGACCUGGCUGCAGACUUUGACCGGGUUGUUGGAGCAGAUGCAGGUUCACAGGGAUGCAGAGUCACAGCUGGUUUUGCAGGAGUGGAAAAAGGAAAGGAAGGAGAUGAGAGAAAUGACCAAAAGUUUCUUCAACACCCAGUUUGGAAGCCUGUUCCGAACGGACCAGAACCCCACCUACUUCCUGAGGCGCCUGUCGCGGUUCGCCGACAUCUACAUGGCGUCACUGAGCUGCCUCCUGAACUACGACGUCAGCCACACGUUCUACCCCCGGAGGACCCCGCUGCAGCACGAGCUUCCUGCGUGGUCGGACGGGUCCCCCACCUGCAGACUCCCCCUCCUGCAGGAGGCCCAGGCCAAGUAGCAGGCGCCCGCCUGCGAAGCAGCCAGAAGCCCAUGGCCCCAGCGUGAGCACCCACGGAGGCCGCCGUGGGGCUGACUUUGCGGAUGUGAGUGUUGCUUUUGGAAAAGAUACGAACAUGCCUUUUGAUACCCAUUUUGUACCGUAGGGGAAGUACUCCCCAGGGUAAGACAGAAGCUGGCGGCCGCUGCCCCCAGCCCCGACAGGGAGCAGAAAUGCAGGCUUCCCACGCAGACGCUGAUCAGCCUCCGUACCUGACGUCAGGCUUUUGGGACAAGUGAUUUUGCUCUGGCAUACUCACUCAAGUAUCUGGCACCGGGGAGCGCAAAGACAAGCUGCUUUAGGAAGCUGUCCCGUCGCUCCACCUACAUGGCUGUGAGUCGCAGCACUGGUGCCCUGCCAGCUGCUGUCCCCAAGUGGUUUGGUCCCGGGGCCUCGGGCAUGCCCGUGUGUCCCCCGAAGAGAAGACUCAGCCCUCCAGGAAUGCCUCAGGUCGGAAGGAACAGAGAAGUUGGCACCCCCUGACCUUCGGUUUGCUCGGUGCCCUCUUCCUGCUCCCUUGCCCAUGCUGGGGAGGACAGAUGGUGCCGAGAGAAGAGCUCCCCUUAGAAUCACUUGCUGGCUGACUGGUGGAAUGGGCUGCACGGGACGAGCAGGUCAGAAGAGCCAAAGCAUUUGCGGUGCAUCUCCAGGAGCUGACUACCCUUGGGAAUACCCGUGUGCUCACUGGAGGGAAGAAAACGAACAGACAGUGUGCUUGUUAGGAGGUGCCAGCACCCCCACUGGCUACGCUGGGGUCCUGUUCAGACAGAGUGUUACCAGGAAGCAGCCUCGUCUGGGGCAGCAGAUGUCGCCUUCCUCUCUCGAGUCACCAGCUGGGAGAGGUGCUUGAAGUCAGUCAGGAAGGUGGGGGGCCCGCGCUGCUCAGCGCGGGCCCCCCUUCCCCCCUUAGAUUGCCUUUCUGCCAUGUGUGUAUGGCUGUGUUGGGAGUUUGGGUGGCUCGCCUUAGAUGUCUGUGUCUAACGCGCCAAGGCUAAGAGAGUUAAACGAGAUCUAGCUGAGUGUCUCAUUUCUUCCCAAGGGCGAGGCAGUGACACGAUCUCCUUAGACCCAAAGAUGGCGGUGUAGGGGCUUGGUGGGGGGAGGGGGGUGCUUGUGUGGGAACCAGCUGCAGGUGAAGGGCUGGCUUGGCACUCCACAGACUGCCUGGCAAGAUGUAGAAGUGAAUGUGUUGUGUAGGGUACUUUGUAAUGCUGCUUGUUGUGAUGGAAUUUUCCUUGCGCUGUUCUGUUGUAUUUAAUUAACUAUGGUGGUGAAAGUGACCCUGUAGACCCAGUACACCCAGUAAGACCCAGCAGACACCUUUUCCUUCUCGACUUAGUUGUAAGUGCUGCACUCCACCUCUUUUUUGGAAAGGGGCUGGCCUUUGUCUGCUGUCUGUUAUCUCCGAGGUGUUUCGAGUGUAUCCGAGGUAGUUGAUGGGUGUGGAGGGUGCCCAGAACUGCCACUCGGAGUCUGUGCUGAUGGUUUCAGUUUCUGCUCUGGAGAAGCUGGGCCGGGAAGGCGGGAUCGCUUGAAGGAGUUCCUUGUGGUCUAAACAGAUAUUUAGUGGAUGUCUUUCUUGGGCCAAGGUCCAGGUUUUGUUUAUUCAAGGAUGAAGUACAAUUAUUAAAACAGUUUUCAUGGAUGACCCAAGCCUUGGGUCACUUUGGGACACUUUCUGGGUCAGAAUAAUAAGCUUUACGAUUUAUUACCGAUUCGGUUUUCUUCUCUGGCCAUGUCGGGCAGCGGUGGCUCUGAACCUGGGUGUGUCACAGGCCACCAGCCACCCCGACCACACCCACGCAGGGCCGGUUCAGCCUCCCGCACGUGGAGCAGAUGCCUCGUCUGCUCAGGCCAAGCGGUGCUGUGACCCUGUCGCUGUGUGACUCAUGCUGCACCAGGCACUGUGUUCUUUCCAGAUGGUUCUCUGGUGUGCACUUUGAUGAAAGCAUACUGCUCCCAGGGAAGUGAAUCUAUGCUCUGCCAUUUAAAAAGUCAGGCACAGGAACAGAAUAAAAUCAGUGUGCAUAUUUUAAGAUGUCUCCCUUUUUGGGCAUUGGUUAGACUGAUGGUCCAAGAAUCAUGGGCAUAAAAAUCCAUAGCCUGGGCGAGUCCAUGCCAGCUGGACGCACAGGGCAGGGGCCUGGGAAGGGGCCCACAGGCUGAUUUUCCCAGCGUUCCUUUCACAGAUAGGUAGAGAGCCACAGACCUGGCUUUUUAGCUGUUUUAGGACUUUGCCUCCGAGCUCCCACUCUCUAACGUAACUCUGUUUAGAGACCUGCUCUUGGUCUCCUCCGCUGCUGCUUCCACCCCGGUCACGGGCACUGCCUGAACUGACGGGCACGCCUCAGACUAACCUCUGCUGCUUUGAACAUCGCCUCUCGGCAUCACAGAGGAGAUGGGAACAGCAGUCUUUCCUCUUAGCUAAUUUAGCUUUGGGCAACAGAAUGGCUUUUCUCUUUUCCUCCCCAAUGGCCUUUUCAGCAGUAGAGCAUAUGCUAAAUGUUAGGAUUGAAUUCCAGGCUCCCUGUCUGGAAAAUUCCAAGGCUUUCUGCUACUCCAGGGCACCUGUGCUUUCCUCUCUCUUCUUUUUUUUUUUUUUUAAGUUUUAUUUAUUCAUUCAUAUAGAACUGGGA